GCACGACCACACAGCGUGAGUUCUCACGCAAACUACUUAGUUAUCAAUUUAGUCGUGGUUUCCUUGCCAACAAAAUUACUUAGAUUCGGUUCCUAAUAAAGAUUAAAUUUCCCGAAAUUGUUUCAAAAUUCAGUAGCAAGUCAAAAUUUUGAUAGGAAAUUUUGGACACAAUGGUUCCCAAUAAAACCGAAGUUAUUGUCAAGCCCCCGUAUCCGGGUAUUUUUUAUUUCGAACAUGCCUUCGAUCCGGUAGAGGCUGUCCAUUGGAUGGAUGGAUUCUGGACGAACAGUUUCUACUUGGUGGGUGCCUACCUUACUUUUCUCGUCGUGGGUCAAAAGGUCAUGCGCUCAAGGGCACGAUUCCAGCUGACGAAACCAAUGAUCUUGUGGAACUUGGGGUUGGCUCUGUUCUCAAUUUUUGGAGCGAUUCGUACCGUUCCGGAACUUUGGUUUGUUUUAAACCGGGCUGAAAAUGGAUUUCAUUAUUCCGUUUGUCACACGAGCUGGGCUCACAACAAGGCGUUCCAGUUGUGGCUGUUUCUUUUCAUCAUGUCGAAAUCGGUUGAGCUGGGCGACACGGUUUUUAUCGUGUUGAGGAAGCAGAAGCUCAUUUUCCUCCACUGGUACCACCACAUCACUGUCCUUGUCUACUGCUGGUACAGCUAUACCGAGCUUAUCUCCACGUCACGAUGGUUUAUGGCGACGAAUUUUACAAUCCAUGCUUUCAUGUACUCGUACUAUUUCCUAAAAGCGAUGCGAAUCUGGGUUCCUAAACAAAUCUCGGUUGCCAUAACGACCGCCCAAAUUGUCCAAAUGGUGGCCGGUGUCGUCGUCAAUGUUCACGCCAUGCGCGCUAAACGCCGCGGAGAAAUUUGUGGCGUCACGGAGGCCAACAUUUCCUGGAGUUUGAUCAUGUACUCGACCUACUUCAUUUUGUUUGCUAAAUUUUUCUACGAUGCGUACUUGGCAAAACCGGUGAAGGCUGAGGAAUUAAAAAAAAGUUAAUAAAGCUGCGUGAUUACCGAUAAUUGUGCACAUAUUUGGUUGCUGAAUAAAAAUGUGUACAAAGUGCAAAAAUUGCCAAAAUUAAUUUGAAAGUAAUCUUUAUGCGUAUGUUGACUUUUGUUGAAAAAGUUUGACUGUAAAAUUGGCGAAUUGCUUAUGCAGAUUUGAUCUAUGUAUGUACAGACCAGAACCUUGGGAAAAUGUAGUCUAAUUUCUGCAUGUUUAUCUAAAUACAUAUGUACAUAAUUUUUAACGAGUAUGCACAUACAUAUUUAUCUGCUUGAGAAAUGUUUCUUUUUUCAAAACUCAUUCAUUUUCAAAAUAAGCAAACAAUUAUGCAGAAUAAAAAAAUUCUCAUUAUACAUA